GUCUUAAUUCACUGACUUACCAAGAAUGUCCACUUUUCUUUCCCGAGCCCCUGUUUUCAUCGUGGGUAUUUUGGCUUUUACGUCCAUGUAUUUUUUAUUCUUCAUGACUAAGUCACCGCCUGGUAACGCUCAAUACGCUUGUGGAGUGUCCAAUAGCAUCUCGAAGGCAAACAAAGGCCAAGACAAGAUCGGUGUCGGAGUGGAGGCAGACUAUAUCGAAUUCCCUUGGCAAGCCGACAUUCGAAUAUUCACGAAGAGCGGUACUAGGCACACUUGCGGAGGAAGUUUGAUAUCAGAUCAAUGGAUUCUUACAUCUGCUCAAUGCCUGAAGACAAAUAUUGAAGGGGAUCGAGUUGCAGAAAUGUGGGUUACACUGGGCAUGCACAACUAUAAAACGGCGGUUGAUGUUAACCGACAAUCCCUCGAAUUAGACAUGAAUAGCUUCUUUUUUCAUCCGGACUAUUCGGAAACGCUGACCGCAGAUAUCGCCCUGAUUAAACUCCCAUCUGUCGUCACCUUCUCAAGAUUUGUUCACCCAGUUUGUCUGGCCGAUUGGAAAGAAAUAGAUUACGUCGGUGAACAAGUCACCAUUGCAGGAUGGGGUUCAACUUUUAAAGAUCAAAUGGAGUACUUUCCCAAUGAUGCAGUCCUUUACAAGAUGAGGGCCACUGUCAUGUCCAAGUCGUAUUGUAGAGAUUCUUUCGGCGAGAUUGAAGACAGUAUGUUAUGCACCAAAGGCAAUGGUCUCGGAAGAAGUGGAGCAUGCAUCAUAAGCGACUACGAUCGCGGCAGUCCGCUGAUUUUCAAACGUUCAAAUGGCAAAUGGAGACAAAUUGGAAUCCUUUCGCUUGCUAAAGAUUGUAACAAAAAACCUUCCAUCCUUUACACUAGAGUCAGUUUCUAUGCUCCAUGGAUUAAACACACCAUGGCGCAUUCAUCGGGAAGCCACUCAUUUUCCUUUUUAUCUCCGACCCUCAUUUCAAUUAAUUUCAUUAUGAUUUACCUUAAAAAUUUAACAAGCAAAGUCUAAAUCAGAACAGUAAUUAAUUUUUCCCAUUCAACGAAAAGAAUCAACACAAAAACUGAUUUCGUAAUUUUUGUACGUUCCCGCUGUUCCGUAAGUUCUUCGCCGUGUGUGGCGCCACCAACGCCUUGGUUGUGUAUAAUUCUGUCAUGCAUUCUGUGAAAUCAAAUUUAGUCUACUGCA